GCCCCCAGCCAGUCGGCGGGGCCGCCCCGGCCAGGCCCUGCGCGCUCGGCCCCCACUGCGGCCCGCGCGCCCGCCCCCCGCACGUGGCGCCCGAACUCGGCGCGGGCCCCGCUCCGCAAAGUAGCAACUCUCGUCCCAGUGAAAUAGAAGAUGAACUCAACUGAAUUCAGUGAAGAUGUAGAAGAAGUUCUAAAAACUAACCCCGUGAAGGUAGAGGGUGGUGACGCUGCCGCGCUGGACUGCUCCCGGAACUCCAGGGCCUCUGAGAAGCACCCUCUGGACAGCGUCCUCACUGCCCUCCACAAUUCCAGCAAGCGGAAGCAGCUGGGCAGCGACGGCCAGGCAGACUCAGUCCCCGGUGAGAAGAGGAGGCGGUUGAUCUCCGAGGCACUCGUGGCAGGCAUGCGCAACCGUGAGAACAGUUCACCCUGCCAGGGAAAUGGGGAACCUGCCACCAGGGGCCGGGGUGGGAGCUGUGUGUGGCCUGCAGAAGAGGAGCCUUCCACCGAGGCCACCGCUCCUUCCUACAAGAAGCCCCUGUACGGCAUCUCCCACAAGAUCAUGGAGAAGAAGAACCCUCCCUCGGGAGACCUGCUCAGCCCCUACGAGCUCUUUGAGAAGGCAAACUCUAGUAACAGCCCCUCCCCUCUGCGCCUGCUCAACGAGUCUCAGAAGCGGGAGUGUGGUGUCGGGGCUGCCACCGAUGGGGACUCCAGUAUCUACUUCCUGAUCCAGAAGAUGUUCUAUACGCUCAACACGCUCACGUCCAACAUGUCCCAGCUUCACAGCAAGAUGGACCUGCUCUCCCUCGAGGUAGGCCGCAUCAAGAAGCAGGUGAGCUCUUCAGAGCUGGUGGCCAAGUUCCAGCCUCCCCCCGAGUACCAGCUCACGGCAGCGGAGCUCAAACAGAUCGCCGAGCAGAGUCUGUCCUGCGGCGACCUGGCCUGCCGACUGCUUGUGCAGCUCUUCCCCGAGCUCUUCAGCGACGUGGAUUUCUCCCGCGGCUGCAGCGCCUGUGGCUUCGCCGCCAAGCGGAAGUUAGAGUCACUGCACCUCCAGCUCAUCCGCAACUACGUGGAGGUCUACUACCCCUCUGUGAAGGACUCGGCUGUGUGGCAGGCCGAGUGCUUACCACAGCUGAAUGACUUCUUCAGCCGCUUCUGGGCCCAGCGGGAAAUGGAAGACAGCCAGCCCGGUGGCCAGGUCACCAACUUCUUCGAAGCCGACCAAGUGGAUGCCGGCCACUUCCUGGACAACAAGGACCAAGAGGAAGCUCUGUCUCUGGACCGAAGCAGCACCAUCGCCUCGGACCAUGUGGUAGACACACAGGACCUCACCGAGUUCCUAGAUGAAGCCUCCUCUCCGGGCGAGUUCGCUGUGUUCUUGCUGCACCGCCUCUUCCCGGAACUGUUCGACCACCGGAAGCUGGGAGAGCAGUACAGCUGCUACGGUGAUGGCGGCAAGCAGGAGCUGGAUCCCCAGAGGCUGCAGAUCAUCCGCAACUACACAGAGAUCUACUUUCCUGAUAUGCAAGAGGAGGAAGCUUGGCUGCAGCAGUGUGCCCAGCGCAUCAACGAUGAGCUGGAGGGCCUGGGUCUGGAGGGAGGCAGCGAGGGCGAGGCCCCGAGGGACGACUGCUACGACUCCUCUAGCCUGCCGGACGACAUCUCUGUGGUCAAGGUAGAGGACAGCUUCGAAGGCGAGCGGCCGGGCCGGCGCUCCAAGAAGAUCUGGCUGGUGCCCAUUGACUUCGACAAGCUAGAGAUUCCGCAGCCUGACUUCGAGAUGCCCGGUUCGGACUGCCUUCUGAGCAAGGAGCAGCUUCGCAGCAUCUACGAGAGCAGCCUGUCCAUUGGCAACUUCGCCUCCCGCCUGCUGGUGCACCUCUUCCCCGAGCUCUUCACGCACGAGAACCUGCGCAAGCAGUACAACUGCAGCGGCUCCCUGGGCAAGAAGCAGCUGGAUCCCGCCCGCAUCAGGCUGAUCCGCCACUACGUGCAGCUCCUCUACCCCAGAGCCAAGAACGACCGCGUGUGGACCCUGGAGUUUGUGGGCAAGCUGGACGAGCGCUGUCGGCGCAGGGACACGGAGCAGCGCCGCUCCUACCAGCAACAACGCAAGGUCCAUGUGCCUGGCCCCGAGUGCCGGGACCUAGCAAGUUAUGCAAUCAACCCCGAGAGGUUCCGUGAGGAGUUUGAGGGGCCCCCGCUGCCUCCUGAAAGGAGCAGCAAAGACUUUUGCAAAAUACCCCUGGACGAGCUGGUGGUCCCCUCACCCGACUUUCCGGUGCCUUCCCCUUACCUGCUCUCAGACAAGGAGGUACGCGAGAUCGUGCAGCAGAGCCUGUCCGUGGGCAACUUCGCUGCCCGGCUCCUGGUCAGACUCUUCCCGGAACUCUUCACAGCCGAGAACCUCCGACUGCAGUACAACCACUCCGGGGCUUGUAACAAGAAGCAGCUGGACCCCACGAGGCUGAGGCUCAUCCGCCAUUACGUGGAAGCUGUCUACCCCGUGGAGAAGAUGGAGGAGGUGUGGCACUAUGAAUGUAUACCUAGCAUUGAUGAGCGGUGUCGCCGCCCCAACAGGAAAAAGUGCGACAUCCUCAAGAAAGCCAAGAAAGUGGAGAAAUGACAGGGUUGGGGCUGCCCAGGGACUUGGGUCACCACAGGCUGAGCAAUGGGUGCCCUUGGGACUGAGCCUCGCUCUGGAGCCCGCGCACGGUAUCCACAGACAGGCACCUUAUGCCAGUGGGGAGUGGGUUCCUACAUUUGCACACGUAAACACCUACCCAGCCGCAAGAAAGAAGCCUUGAAUUUGGUCUUUUUGUAUCCAUGACUUUGUUCUGUGUUCCCUGGUGGCACAGCGGGAGUUUGGGAAGGGGGGUUAGCCAAGCUGUGAAAUCAGAGAAUUGGUAGGGCAGGGUCCCUUCACAGGGCUGGGGUGCCCUCCCUAACCCUUACGAUUCAAAAUUCAAAUUUAGACUAGAUGUGGUAGCCCACAUCUCUAGGCGGAGCCCAUCCAGGGCUAAAUAAUGAUACCCUGUCCAAAAAACAAAUGACACAAACACAGCAACUUGUCUCUCUCCCCAUCUUUUACAUCUUCUAUUUUUUUUUUUAAACUAAAAUGAAAUUUUGAAAGAAUCAUUAGGCUCUUUGGGAGCCAUUUUAUUUAGGAAAAAAAAAAAUCUUAAAAUAUUUGAGAUGAGAUGCCGUAAGAUUUACUUCAGUUGCUGGGAUUUUUAAAGAUGAUUUUAGAUUUAUGCUUUUUUUUUUUUUUUUUUUUUUUUUAAAGAAAUGCCGUAUUCAGGCAUUGUGGGUAACUGGCUUCAGGUGGCAUAGUGACUAGUUUUGCUAAUCCUGUGUUUGGCAUCUGGUUUUGGAAGAGUCCAGAGUCCCCUUAGGCUCGGCAGAAGGGAUGGAUCCUAAGCAGUGUGUAGCCCCUUUCUUACUACGUGAGCCUCCCUUCUGCUGUGGCCCCUGAGAGGUUUCCUGUGACUCAGCCUGUCCGCCCCGCCCUGCCGUGUGGUGCUCACGUGUAGAAGCGAACACUGGAAGAUGAUAUGAAUGUAGAUAGGUGGAGGCACGGGUCUUCACGGCCUUCGAGUGUCUCCCGCAGCCCCGUUCCCUCUCCACACAGACGGCGUGGGCCUAGAGGACGCAUUGGAACGCAAUGCGUAGGGACGUUUCUGUGUGAUUUAUGGGUGAGCCUUGGGGCUCACCAAGAACUGUUUACUUUCCAUGCAUUUGUACAAAGUCUAUGUCCCCAGACCUCAGUGUUAGCUCCCCCAUGAGUAGCACGGUCUUGAACCUCUGAAGCCCAGGGCUGUUUGGCAGGUGUUGGAAGGACCCAAGCCACCUCAAAUGGAGUACCCAUAACCCUUCCCGGUCCCACCAGACCUCUUCCCUCAAACCUUGCAGGAAGUUCUGCCGUCCUACCCAGGCUCCCCCAGCAUGGAGUACGUUCCCUGCUGGGGCCAGAUGCCUGAGAAGGAAAGGAAACAGUGUUUCCCAAACUGAAUGCAUCUCAUCCUUGACCUAGAACAUUAAUUGAGUUGCCCAGGGUAGUCAUGAAACCCUUGGGGGACAUUACAGAUGUGAUAACUUUAAUGGCUUAAUAUUUUGCUACCUUAAUAUGCAGAAAUGAUAGGAAUAAUCUAUGAAUUUUCUCAUAAAGAUAAGAACUUUUAGUUCUAGUAGACAACAUGGUAUAAUUUUGCAUGUACCCAGUGGGCAUUUAAAAAAAAAUAACAGUUUUCAGUACUAUAAAGCUUCUAUUCAUGUCAUUUUCAGAUUAUUUAUGCUAUAACUGUAAACCUAAAUUAUUGACCUUGAGAAGUGCACAGACUUUGUGGCACUCUGUCACAUGCCCACCCCUGCACACCUAUCUCCUUAUGAGUGAGGUGAGGGGCCCCACAAACGGGGCAACCUUCUUGUGCCCAGGAAGAAGGUAAUGGGGCAGCCAGAAGACUCCCCUUCCCCCCUCACUUGGCCUCUCUCUAAUGCCUUAGUCACACACAUAUAUACACACACAUGCGCACACACAUGCACAUACACACAUACACCCAUGCACACACAGGCACGCACGCAUGCACACACACUGCCCCAAAGAUGGCCGUGGCACUCUCUCACUGCUUCCCCUAGCUGGAGAGAAUUCCAUGGGAUUUGUUCUGGUCUUGAGGAUGCUAACCAAGAGGAUUCCAAGCCAUGUGAAAAUCGUCCCACUCUCUAGAAAGUGGAGCGUGGCCCUGCCGCUCAGAAGCACGGUGGGUCACUGCGUUUUUUAGAAGUCCUGUCUACUCACAGGAGAGAAAUGGCAGGCUCUAGGAACCGAGCGGGACUUUCCAUAACCCAGAGCGUGUUAAAUUCUGGGAACCCGUAUUUUGGUUUCCUUAGUGCUUUAACCAUGUAGGGCUCCUCUUCACCCCCACCCCCAGUCCCAUCGUCCCUUUCAGUGAAAAGAGCUGGACACUCUGGGAGCUGUUUCCUGCCCCUGCUGGACUGUAUGGUCCUCACUUCCCCAUCCGUACAGGAAGCUCCAGUGGGCAUUUUUUUUUCCAUGAAGCAAUAUAAUAUAAAAUACUUAUUUUUUCAGAAUUUAAUGGGUCUCAUAAAAUCUUGUUGGCAAUUGCUUUUCCUGUCCCCAUCUAAAUUCUCCGUGUUUUAGAUUAUUUUUGCCUUGUAUCCAGAGGACUAGAGAUUAGCCCCGACAUUCUGAUGUUCACUAAAAUAGUAUGUCACGGUAGGUGGUAGUGGUCUUGGUUUUCUCUGUUAGUAAGCUGUUAAAGAAUGUCUGAAGAUACUCUUGAAUGUACAGUGUUCGAGUCCUGCUUUAUUUAGUUCAUGUGGCCGCGUCUGUCUGAUGGCGAAACGUUUGUCAGGGAAUCCAUGUCUAGUGUUAUUAGUGCUCAAUGUCCUUCCCCUUCAGUGCUGAACCCCGAACCUUGCUCUCCUUUUAAGUUAGGGGGUGAGGGGUUCACAUCAGCAGCAAUCAUCAACUGACCAAUGGGAUCUACUUAGUGGCGACUGGAUUUGGCUUGAUCACGCCACAGUGUGGGCCACUCGGGUUCUGGUAGAGAUUGCCUCAGUUUCUACCAUUCCCCCAGCCAUUGCUUCUUACCUGAUCCAGGGGGACCUGGAGACCCCCCCGGUUGGAGGUCACUGGGUCAUUCUGAAGUGGGGAUGGGGUGAGGGCCCCGGGGCUGUCACUCACCGCUGUGGGCAGCCCUUGCCUCUUGUAGAUCCAGCCUUAAUGUCUGACAUCCCAGGAAGCGCAGACCCUGCACAAAGUGGAUAUCAGAGUGACUACUGUGAGGAGUGAUAUAACAAGAAUAGUUUUACCAAAGAGAACGAGAUACCACGUCAUGUCUGCCUGUUACACUGAUCUGAGUGCACCCUUAGAAAACUGAAUGUACCACAAACCCAGGACAUUUUUUGGAACUUGUAUGCUCUCUAGCAACUUUGUGUGAAUUUUUAUACAAGCACUGUUUUAUUAAUUAUAUAAAAUAUAAAAAUAGAAAAA